CGGACUUAUAGUAUCAGAUUAAGAUUGACUAAUGAGUAGAGCUGUUUGGAGUAGAUCUAAUCGCGUCGCUCCCACACAGGAUGACAUAUAAAGGCUGCCCUCCCACUCAUCUAGAUCCCCAUCUAGCAGCUGACCAUCAACGCUCAACACUCGUUCUCAUUCUGCCCCCUAUAACACAACAACCAUCCUCAUAUUUAACUUGCAAAGAACCACCAACUGUUCUCACCACUACGAUGUCGGCGCCAACCCCAAGUCUCAAGCGAUGUCCGAGAAGCCACUGCAAAUCCCGGCUCGAUUCGGACGCUACUGUUCGCAGCCACAUCAUCGAUGCCCACGGAAAAGACCCAGAGCGUAUGGUGUGCGGGGGCUACACCAUCAAAAGCUACUACUAUAGACAAAAACACGCAAAAGAAUGCCGCCAGUGCAGGUCCGGUGCCCCAGCGGCCGAGACCGUCGUCCCUUCCAUCGAAAGCGACGCCGACUCCGACGACGCCAGCAUCACCGGGGCCGACCCGCGAGACGGCGAGGCUGAGCAGGCCUUUCGAAACCGCAAAGUGGUUUUCAACGGCCCCAACUACGGCGUCAUCUACGUGACGGUCGAAGUGUGCUCUCGGUCGCCUAGCUGCACCAGCGACCCGAACUAGCAUCUCCUCCGAGACGGCCCCCCCAAAGGGCGAAAUCACGAGCGGCGUAUUCAUACAAGACAAUGCGGCUGCGAUAGGGAAUAGGUUAUCUUUGAGCGAGCGUGAGAAGGUUUAGCGUA